CCAGCAGCAUCAAACACAGCUGGACUCCAUAUUUAUGCUGCUGGAGGACAACAUCAUCACUUUUGUGAAGAACGAGCUGAAGAAGAUGCAGAAGGUUCUGAGUCCAGAUUACCCAGAAUGCUUAGAGAGUCAUGGGGAGGGUGACACGGCCUUGGAGGGUGAGGAUAAAGAGCAGAAGAGAAGCAGAGAGGCUUUUGUGAAGAUCACACUGCACUUCCUGAGGAGAAUGAAGCAGGAGGAGCUGGCUGACCGUCUGCAGAGCAAAUACGUUGCUCCACUCUGUCAACAAGAACUUAAAUCUGCUCUGAAGAAGAAGUUCCAGUGUGUGUUUGAGGGCAUCGCUAAAGCAGGAAACCCAACCCUUCUGAAUCAGAUCUACACAGAGCUCUACAUCACAGAGGGAGGGGCUGCAGAGGUCAAUGAUGAACAUGAGGUCAGACAGAUUGAAACAGCAUCCAGGAAACCAGACAGACCAGAAACAACAAUCAGACAAGAAGACAUCUUUAAAGGCUCACCUGGAAGAGAUGAACCAAUCAGAACAGUGCUGACAAAGGGAGUGGCUGGCAUUGGGAAAACAGUCUUAACACAGAAGUUCACUCUGGACUGGGCUGAAGACAAAGCCAACCAGGACAUCCAGUUCAUGUUUCCAUUCACUUUCAGAGAGCUGAAUGUGCUGAAAGAGAAAAAGUUCAGCUUGGUGGAACUUGUUCAUCACUUCUUUACUGAAACCAAAGAAGCAGGAAUCUGCAGCUUUGAAGACUUCCAGGUUGUGUUCAUCUUUGAUGGUCUGGAUGAGUGUCGACUUCCUCUGGACUUCCACAACACUGAGAUCCUGGCUGAUGUUACAGAGUCCACCUCAGUGGAUGUGCUGCUGACAAACCUCAUCAGGGGGAACCUGCUUCCCUCUGCUCACCUCUGGAUAACAACACGACCUGCAGCAGCCAAUCAGAUCCCUGCUCAGUGUAUUGACAUGGUGACAGAGGUCAGAGGGUUCGCUGACCCACAGAAGGAGGAGUACUUCAGGAAGAGAUUCAGAGAUGAGGAGCAGGCCAGCAGGAUCAUCUCCCACAUCAAGACAUCACGAAGCCUCCACAUCAUGUGCCACAUCCCAGUCUUCUGCUGGAUCACUGCUACAGUUCUGGAGGAUGUGCUGAAAACCAGAAAGAGAGGAGAGCUGCCCAAGACCCUGACUGAGAUGUACAUCCACUUCCUGGUGGUUCAGACCAAAGUGAAGAAGGUCAAGUAUGAUGGAGGAGCUGAGACAGAUCCACACUGGAGUCCAGAGAGCAGGAAGAUGAUUGAGUCUCUGGGAAAACUGGCUUUUGAUCAGCUGCAGAAAGGAAACCUGAUCUUCUAUGAAUCAGACCUGACAGAGUGUGGCAUCGAUAUCAGAGCAGCCUCAGUGUACUCAGGAGUGUUCACACAGAUCUUUAAAGAGGAGAGAGGGCUGUACCAGGACAAGGUGUUCUGCUUCAUCCAUCUGAGUGUUCAGGAGUUUCUGGCUGCUCUUCAUGUCCAUCUGACCUUCAUCAACUCUGGAGUCAAUCUGCUGGAAGAACAACAAACAACCUCCCAGACAGAGAAACACCUCUACCAGAGUGCUGUGAACAAGGCCUUACAGAGUCCAAAUGGACACCUGGACUUGUUCCUCCGCUUCCUCCUGGGUCUUUCACUGCAGACCAAUCAGACUCUCCUACGAGGUCUGCUGACACAGACAGGAAGUAGCUCACAGACCAAUCAGGAAACAGUCCAGUACAUCAAGAAGAAGCUCAAUGAGAAUCUGUCUGCAGAGAAAAGCAUCAACCUGUUCCACUGUCUGAAUGAACUGAAUGAUCGUUCUCUAGUGAAGGAGAUCCAACAGUCCCUGAGUUCAGGAAGUCUGUCCACAGAUAAACUGUCUCCUGCUCAGUGGUCAGCUCUGGUCUUCAUCUUACUGUCAUCAGAAGAAGAUCUGGAUGUGUUUGACCUGAAGAAAUACUCUGCUUCAGAGGAGGCUCUGCUGAGGCUGCUGCCAGUGGUCAAAGCCUCCAACAAAGCUCUACUGAGUCUCUGUAACCUCUCAGAGAGAAGCUGUGAAACUCUGUCCUCAGUUCUCAGCUCCCAGUCCUCUAGUCUGAGAGAGCUGGACCUGAGUAACAAUAACCUGCAGGACUCAGGAGUGAAAGCUUUAUCUUCUGGACUGGAGAAUCCACAUUGUAAACUGGAAACACUCAGACUGAGUCUCUGUGACCUCUCAAAGAGAAGCUGUGAAACUCUGUCCUCAGUUCUCAGCUCCCAAACCUCUAGCCUGAGAGAGCUGGACCAGAGUAACAAUCACCUGAAGGACUCAGGAGUGAAAGCUUUAUCUUCUGGACUGGAGAAUCCACAUUGUAAACUGGAAACACUCAGACUGAGUUUCUGUAACCUCUCAGAGAGAAGCUGUGAAACUCUGUCCUCAGUUCUCAGCUCCCCGUCCUCUAGUCUGAGAGAGCUGGACCUGAGUAACAAUAACCUGAAGGACUCAGGAGUGAAAGCUUUAUCUUCUGGACUGGAGAAUCCACAUUGUAAACUGGAAACACUCAGGCUGUCAGGCUGCCUGAUCACAGAAGAAGGUUGUAAGUCUCUGGUCUCAGCUUUGAGCUCCAACCCCUCCCAUCUGAGAGAGCUGGACCUGAGCUACAACCAUCCAGGAGAGGCAGGAGUGAAGCUGCUGGAGCAAGUGAGACUGGAAACUCUCAGGGCGGAGCCUGCUGGAGUCCGAUGGCUGAUCCCAGGUCUGAGGAAGUAUUCCUGUCGACUCACAAUCGACACAAACACAGUGAACAGAAGACUCCAACUGACUGACAACAACAGGAAGGUAACACGUGUGGAGAAGGUUCAGUCAUAUCCUGAUCAUCCAGACAGAUUUGAUCGCUGGCCUCAGCUGCUGUGUAGAGAUGGUCUGACUGGUCGCUGUUACUGGGAGGUCGAGUGGAGAGGAGAGGUUCAAAUAUCAGUGAGUUACAGAAGAAUCAGCAGGAAAGGAGACAGAGAUGACUGUGUGUUUGGAUGGAAUGAUCAGUCCUGGAGUCUGAACUGCUCUGAUUAUGAUGGUUACUCUGUCUGGCACAACAACAGAAAAAUCUCCUCCUCCUCCUCCUCCUCUGUCUCUAACAGAGUAGCAGUGUAUGUGGACUGUCCUGCUGGCACUCUGUCCUUCUACAGAGUCUCCUCUGACACUCUGAUCCACCUCCACACCUUCAACACCACAUUCACUGGACCUCUUUAUCCUGGAUUUGGGUUCUGGGACAAUAAUCUCCUCCCUAACGUCAGCAAGACGAAGGAGUUGAUAGUGGACUGCAGCAUAAAGCAGGAGAGGAACUAUCACCCCGUUAUGAUCGGUGGCACCGCAGUGGAAAGAGUAGACAAUUUCAAGUACCUUGGAGUUCACAUCUCUCAGGACCUGUCAUGGUCUUGCCACACCACUGCAUUGGCAAAGAAAGCCCAUCAGCGUCUUUAUCACCUUAGACGCUUAAGGGACUUCAAACUACCAUCCAAGGUGCUUCGUAACUUCUACACCUGCACCAUUGAAUCGAUCAUUACGGGAAACAUCACAACCUGGUUCGGAAACCGCACCAAGCAGGAUGGGCAGGCUCUACUAAGGGUGGCACAGGUGAUGGUUUACCUGCUGGGCAUUGCUGCCUGGCACAUCACCAACGGUGCCAAUGGGUCGAUUGCAGAGUUGUCAGUAGGGAACCACCACUCAUCAAUGUUUUGCUCCCCCAAUCCCGGAACAUCUUGUGGUGGCGGAGCAAUGGACAGAGACGUCUCCCUACCGCUCUUGCAGCCGACUACACAGCCAGCUGCCUGUUCUGCCAGCUCUUUGAAGGCCUUCUUCACCUUGUGGACAGUGACCCAGAUGCUCUGGAUUGAUUUUCCCACAAAGCCUCUGCAGCCAACUUCAACAGGCAGUAGUGGAAUCCUUUCCCCAUUCACUGUGAAGGAGAUGAGGUUGUUCGUGGCUCCUUUGCAAAUUGAGAGGCUGCGAGACUUGGAUGGUUUGAUUAUCAUUCUGGCCCAGGAGAGCUCACAGGUUCCCAGUGGUCAGUCUGCCCAGCAGCAUCAAACACAGCUGGACUCCAUAUUUAUGCUGCUGGAGGACAACAUCAUCACGUUUGUGAAGAAUGAACUGAAGAAGAUGCAGAAGGUUCUGAGUCCAGAUUACCCAGAAUGCUUAGAGAGUCAUGGGGAGGGUGACACGGCCUUGGAGGGUGAGGAUAAAGAGCAGAAGAGAAGCAGAGAGGCUUUUGUGGAGAUCACACUGCACUUCCUGAGGAGAAUGAAGCAGGAGGAGCUGGCUGACCGUCUGCAGAGCAAAUACAUUGCUCCGCUCUGUCGACAAGAACUUAAAUCUGCUCUGAAGAAGAAGUUCCAGUGUGUGUUUGAGGGCAUCGCUAAAGCAGGAAACCCAACCCUUCUGAAUCAGAUCUACACAGAGCUCUACAUCACAGAGGGAGGGACUGCAGAGGUCAAGGAUGAACAUGAGGUCAGACAGAUUGAAACAGCAUCCAGGAAACCAGACAGACCAGAAACAACAAUCAGACAAGAAGACAUCUUUAAAGGCUCACCUGGAAGAGAUGAACCAAUCAGAACAGUGCUGACAAAGGGAGUGGCUGGCAUUGGGAAAACAGUCUUAACACAGAAGUUCACUCUGGACUGGGCUGAAGACAAAGCCAACCAGGACAUCCAGUUCAUGUUUCCAUUCACUUUCAGAGAGCUGAAUGUGCUGAAAGAGAAAAAGUUCAGCUUGGUGGAACUUGUUCAUCACUUCUUUACUGAAACCAAAGAAGCAGGAAUCUGCAGCUUUGAAGACUUCCAGGUUGUGUUCAUCUUUGAUGGUCUGGAUGAGUGUCGACUUCCUCUGGACUUCCACAACACUGAGAUCCUGACUGAUGUUACAGAGUCCACCUCAGUGGAUGUGCUGCUGACAAACCUCAUCAGGGGGAACCUGCUUCCCUCUGCUCACCUCUGGAUAACCACACGACCUGCAGCAGCCAAUCAGAUCCCUGCUGAGUGUGUUGGCAUGGUGACAGAGGUCAGAGGGUUCACUGACCCACAGAAGGAGGAGUACUUCAGGAAGAGAUUCAGAGAUAAGGAGCAGGCCAGCAGGAUCAUCUCCCACAUCAAGACCUCACAAAGCUGCCACAUCAUGUGCCACAUCCCAGUCUUCUGCUGGAUCACUGCUACAGUUCUGGAGGAUGUGCUGAAAACCAGAGAGGGAGGAGAGCUGCCCAAGACCCUGACUGAGAUGUACAUCCACUUCCUGGUGGUUCAGGCCAAAGUGAAGAAGGUCAAGUAUGAUGGAGGAGCUGAGACAGAUCCACACUGGAGUCCAGAGAGCAGGAAGAUGAUUGAGUCUCUGGGAAAACUGGCUUUUGACCAGCUGCAGAAAGGAAACCUGAUCUUCUAUGAAUCAGACCUGACAGAGUGUGGCAUCGAUAUCAGAGCAGCCUUAGUGUACUCAGGAGUGUUCACACAAAUCUUUAAAGAGGAGAGAGGGCUGUACCAGGACAAGGUGUUCUGCUUCAUCCAUCUGAGUGUUCAGGAGUUUCUGGCUGCUCUUCAUGUCCAUCUGACCUUCAUCAACUCUGGACUCAAUCUGCUGGAAGAACAAAAAUCAACCUCCCAGACAGAGCAACACCUCUACCAGAGUGCUGUGAACAAGGCCUUACAGAGUCCAAAUGGACACCUGGACUUGUUCCUCCGCUUCCUCCUGGGUCUUUCACUGCAGACCAAUCAGACUCUCCUACAAGGUCUUCUGACACAGACAGGAAGUAGCUCACAGACCAAUCAGGAAACAGUCCAGUACAUCAAGAAGAAGCUCAAUGAGAAUCUGUCUGCAGAGAAAAGCAUCAACCUGUUCCACUGUCUGAAUGAACUGAAUGAUCGUUCUCUAGUGGAGGAGAUCCAACAGUCCCUGAGAUCAGGAAGUCUCUCCACAGAUAAACUGUCUCCUGCUCAGUGGUCAGCUCUGGUCUUCAUCUUACUGUCAUCAGAAGAAGAUCUGGAUGUGUUUGACCUGAAGAAAUACUCUGCUUCAGAGGAGGCUCUGCUGAGGCUGCUGCCAGUGGUCAAAGCCUCCAACAAAGCUCUACUGAGUCUCUGUGACCUCUCAGAGAGAAGCUGUGAAACUCUGUCCUCAGUUCUCAGCUCCCAGUCCUCUACUCUAAGAGAGCUGGACCUGAGUAACAAUGACCUGAAGGACUCAGGAGUGAAAGCUUUAUCUUCUGGACUGGAGAAUCCACAUUGUAAACUGGAAACACUCAGACUGAGUCUCUGUGACCUCUCAGAGAGAAGCUGUGAAACUCUGUCCUCAGUUCUCAGCUCCCAGUCCUCUAGUCUGAGACAGCUGGACCUGAGUAACAAUGACCUGAAGGACUCAGGAGUGAAAGCUUUAUCUUCUGGACUGGAGAAUCCACAUUGUAAACUGGAAACACUCAGACUGAGUCUCUGUGACCUCUCAGAGAGAAGCUGUGAAACUCUGUCCUCAGUUCUCAGCUCCCAGUCCUCUAGUCUGAGAGAGCUGGACCUGAGUAACAACGAGGUGAAGGACUCAGGAGUGAAAGCCUUGUGUUCUGGACUGGAGAAUCCACAUUGUAAACUGGAAACACUCAGGCUGUCAGGCUGCCUGAUCACAGAAGAAGGUUGUAAGUCUCUGGUCUCAGCUUUGAGCUCCAACCCCUCCCAUCUGAGAGAGCUGGAUCUGCGCUACAACCAUCCAGGAGAGGGGGUCUGCCGGGAAACCCACAACAGAAAGCAGACAGUUCAUGGAGCCUACCGCAGUGGCAGCAGCGGCGACCUGACGAGGCAGGAGGCCAAUCACGCUCCCAGCGGCGGUGGCGAAGAAACUCACGGGGCCGGCCGCGUGGCAUGCAGUGGAGAUGGAUGA